UGAAUUUAAAGGCGGAGGAAGCGCAGUGGAUCGCGCGGGUGGAAAAGGGAUCCGCGGAAUACACGGCGGAGCUGCAGAAUCAGAUGCUGAUCCAGAAGAAGCAGCGGGAGGCCGACGCCCAGCGGGAGUCGCUCCAGCAGGCGGUCCGGGAAAAAUUGAUGGCGAGUGCAACCAGGAUUGCGAAGGCGACCGAGAAGCGGAGAAGCGAGUGGAGCGAGAAACAGUCCGCCUUGCUGGAUCAGUUGUACGAAAAGGAACAGCAGGCCGCGCUGAACCGGCAAAAUGCGCUGCUCGCGAAGAAGGCCAAGGCGCAUAUGCAUUGCAAAAGUAUCGUACUAGUGUAAAUCGCAUUACAAAUAAUUUUCCCAAAAGAAAAAAUGGAAUUUGUAAUGCUGACUCACCUGCUAAAAAGGGAGAUUUGUAUAAGUAUGCAUGACUGGAAUUACUACGAGUACGAUACUUUUGCACAGGAUAGCGCAGAAGUCGAAGCAAAAGUCGGACGAGGCGAGCGAGCGCCGGAAGGAGCUGGCGGAGGACAAAAAGAUGAAGGUGUUGCACUCCCGAGAACAGUAUUUGCAGUACCGCGAGCAGAAGAAGAAGAUGCUGAGCCUGAAAACUUCCCUGCUCUUAUCCUGAGUAAAAACAUCCCCACCACAGAGUCAAGAUGGGCAUUCUGCAACACAAACCUUGAAGUUUUGGGAGUCACGCAUGAGAAGUUGCAGGCUGUACUGUAGUGCAGCUCCAGCUUAGCACGGGAAGCUGCAUAACAAAUCCGUCUCCUUAUCCUGUUUACAGCAUUACAAGCUCCAAAAAACAAUGGGAAACGGAAAUGCCUGUCAUGGGGAUGCGCAUUACAAAUGCUCUUGUCCUUGCAAAUCUGCAAGACGACCCUGUGGUGGGGAUGUUUUUACGGAGGAUAGCUCUCCGCUGGUACGGGCAACGAGAGCGAGGCUGCGGCGGGGCGGAUUUCCUCCGGAGGAGCGGACGAUAACGAGGAGAUGGAAAACAACGAGGAAUUAUUACAAGGAGACCCGAGAACCUCCUCUGCAGCUACCUCGGGUGGUGCUGGGCAAGAUGAAGAAGGUGACGCCGAAAAACAAAAACAUGCUGUGGAACCACGGGACGGCAAAGAACUACCCGACGACGAAGACGACGACCCGGAAGAUGAGAACCUCCAGGACGAAGGUUGUUCCAUAGACCUGACCGUCACCGGCCGUGCGAUUCAGGGUGCGACAUCUGUAGUUUCAUCUGGAGCAGGCGGGCUCUCCGGUCGGGGAACGGUGUCGAGCGAUGACGGUGGUCAAGAAGAGGAGGAGGAGAUCCUGUAUGCACACCAAGACGCGGACGAGGAGGAGUUACUCUUGCGAGGAGCUGCACAAAGAACGUCGGGGUCAAAUCAACCACAGCCUCCGCCGCUCUCCUUCGCGGACGAACCCUUGGAAGAGGGCUGGAGCCGUGCCAAAGCGAGCGAGAAGCGCAUGCAGAAGCGGCUGUUGGCCGCCACGGCGGCGACGCAUAAAAAUGCGUCGUCUACAAACCAGGGUGGACCUACUUCUUCAACAGGAGCCUCGUCAGCAAGGGGCAACGCGAAAAAUUUAGGCAAAAGUGCAGCGCUGAACCAAAAUCGAAAAGGCGGUCAACAUGCAAAUAAUGCAAGUGGUCGCAAGCCUGAGCAAGCCGGGGUCGGGGAAGCGAGUAAGUUAAAUUCCUCUCGAGUAGGUCCAGGGGGGAACAACAACAAGGGAUGGCACCGCGGUGGUACCACGGACAAGGCAGGCAAGGACAAGGACCACGAAAUAAAUAAAUCUGCGAACCAUCUUGCGGCCUCCCCCGGUGCAGCUUCUGCUACUGGUGGGAAAGGUAGGAAGAGCACGCGACCAGGGGGGAAGGGUCAGCAGCAGCAGUUUCUUUUCUCACCAACCGAUCGCGAUACAACAACGCAGCUUGACGUCGCUGCACCAGCACCUCCGAUAAAUUAUCUCGCCGCCGCGAAGGCCGGCGCUGGAAUUAAUAUAGGCGGAACAAACAGCAGCAGUAAAGCGAGCGUGGCGACAAAUGAGAAUGCCCCCAGCGAAAAUGCAACGGUAGUACAACUACCGGAGGAGCAGCGGAAGAAGAAAAAGCAGCUGUAUCCGGGAAAAAUAAAGGCCGCGACCACAGCUGUAGUUCCGCAGCAGGACAUUAUCAAAACUCCUGGUGCGACGCAGCCAGAGGACAUCAACAAACCUGCGCCGGAGCCCGUUGCGCCGUCGAAGCCGGUCGUAGUAGAAGUUACAUCAACGAGUACAACAACUAAGCCGGCGCCCAAGACCACUGCCAGCAAGCCCUCGAACAACAAGUCCAAUACCAACGCUUGGGCGGCCGCCAGCAGGAACACCUUCGGAGGCAUGAUGGACUUGGUUUCAUCUGAUUCCGAUUCCGAUGUCGCUGCAACCCCCGCUGCGCAGAAAGCCGAGUUGGAAUCGCAGAAGUCUCCCGCAGUGGAAGUUCCCGAGGAUGCAACUGCGGAGAUCGAGAGUCAAGGCGGAGUGACGGCUGGUGGUACGGAACAAGCCAAAGCCAAAGCGAAGAAGAGAAAGAACAAAAAAGCGAAGAAAAAACCAAAUGUCGGCCCAGACGGGAACAUCUUAGACACAGACGAAGAGGUUUUGGAGAAGGCUUUCCUCGAACAGAAAAAGGACAACGAGCUUCCGUUCUUCGUGUUCUUCGACGCCUCGGUUACAUCAUCUUCUUCCACGGCGGUUGUCGCACCGUCCACAGUUGCAGCUGUUGAUCCUCUCCUGGCGGAUCAGAAAGGUCUAGAUGUUGAGCCUACUGCAGCAGCAGGAGUGGCUGCACUACAAAUAGCAAAAACCUCGUUACCAUCGAGUCAACCUUAUUUCCUCGACGACAAAGUGGCUCUGCAAGUCGCCUGCGACCUCUGCCAAAUCGACCUGCGGCCCUUGGCCACUGGCAUCCGGGCCCGCAGUUCCAAGUUGUCACAGGAACUGCAACGGCUUUGCGGGCCCGCUUUGGCACAGGCGAUGAAUGCGCAGGAGGAGAAAAAGAAAGCGAACCCGUGCGUGAUUGUGGCGCCAGCAGCUGCAGGGAAGGAUACCGCCGGAGGAGCUCCGAACAGGUACAACUGCCUUUCAUCACAUGACAACUUACUGCUUUUCUUUCGAUUUUGAAUUUUGGAUCACCGCCUACGCGAAAGAAUAUGAAUGAAAAAUUGUUUUGAAUAUGUUCAUGUUGGAGCUCGACGCAUCAUGUACAUGUUCAUGAAGGGUGAUCCUGAAUUAUCGAAGAUCAUCAGCACAACCUGAAAACCAAAACCAUUCUCCAGUGCCUGGCACCAGUUUCCGGAACCUGGUCGCGCCAGCAGCUUCGCUCAGGACAACAUGCAGGGCUUGGAAACCGUCGCGUGGGACACCGUGGAGGGUUGUUUGAAGGACGUCGUGCGGCUGUUGGAGAAGUGCAAAAGCACCAACGAGUACAUUGUGCUGGUGCAGCACGGCGCCACACAACUCGCAGCGUCCAUGGUGAUGAAGCUUCCGGACGUGUUUGCGGCGCAUUUGGUGCUUCUAAACACGACCGGGUCGUCGUCCCAGCAGUCCUCGACUGGCACCACAUCAACCUCCGCAGGAGCGACUUCCAGCAUACACCAAAACGUUAUGUCUGCGAUUGUCGUCGCGUUAAAGCUGUUCACGCAACUGUGCAAGAACAACGCCACGCGGGUGUUUUUGCUCCUCUCGGGCCGUGUGCAGGGGCUGGUGGAGUGCGCGGUGCGGUGUCUGGAACUUUUGGAAAUCUUGGAAUACCGGGAAAAGCACGCGUCGCGUUAUUUUGCACUCACCAGCGGGGCGACUUUCGAUCAAGCAGCGAAAACGCCGGACCACAGCAAUUCCUCUCUGAAACGCAACAGCGGGACGACGUCUGCUGCUGUGGCAAUACCUGGCAAUACUGGGACCAUUUCCGCUGGUGGUCCCGCCGCCGAUUUGUCAGCCCGGAAGAGCAAAAGCAGCGCCUCGUCGCCGAACAGAACUGGAGCUGGUGCUAUGUUGCAACAGCUUCCGCGACAUCUGUUCCCCGGAGCAGCGGGUAGUACUGCAAUGUUGAACACCACGACCUCCGAUGCGAAGUCUCCUACAUUGACUGGCACGAGUCUGCUACCGGGUUUGUACCAACAGAGCGGGAAGACGAUUGGCGGUGGUGCAUUACUACACGCACAGCAGGACGCUACGACUACCGCAGUAGUUCCUGCGCCCCCUGGUUUGGUGUGUGACAAAGACGUGCCGUUUCUGGAAUUUGCACUCGGCGACGACGAGUUGAUAGUGGACCCGCUGACCACAGGACUUGAGAAUGACCAGAACCUCUAUCGUCCCCCCCGACUACGCGUGGCGCCCGCGCUGGUGGAGGAUUGGUGGCUGGCCAAGCCCGAUAAAUCCGCCCCACCCGUCCACCGGUCGGAAGGGUUCCAGUUUCUAUGCACGCAGCUCGCGCAAAUCUUCCACGUGCUCAGCCAGUGUCUGCAACAACAGGACAUUCUGUCGUCCGAUGGGAAACAUGCGGAGUCCUACACGAAAAUUCACGCCGCCGCGGCAGCAGCACUGAAAUUAGCAGCUGGAGGACAAAGUGGAGAAGCAAAAACAACCGCGGCUGGUCGUGGUGCAUCAACUUCUGACCCUUCUCAGCUCCAACUAGGACAAGGUGGAACAAGUGGUCAAGAUGUAUCAGAAAACCCGCUACCAAUCAUGGAUCAACAGCAGGACGGAGCCGCUGCGCCAGAUCAACUGGCAAAGCUGUUGAGUAGCAAGGGCCUCGUGGCACAGCAAGUACUUCUCUCCGGUCUGGGAAACCGGCUUCGUGCGCGUUUCCGCCACGCCAGCAUGAUGCAGAUUUUCGAGACGCAGACCACUUUUUUGCUCCGAGCUUCCAUUUUGCUCCAGGUGCUGGUGCGUGGGGUGUUUGUUCAUCCUGGUGCGGUUGUUCCAACUAGCACAUCAUCCGCAACUUCUACGACUUCCAGUACAACAUCGACCACAUUGCAGCUUCCCGCCCACACGACAUCAACCAGCAACUCUUGCGGGCCGAUCAAGAGUAUGCUGCAGAAGACCGAGUUUUUUGGCAGUAUCCCGUUACUCACCUCGGUUCUUCUCUCGCCGAACGCGGCGGCCGCGCGCGUGGAGCGCAUUCCGCAGACUUCCAUCUCCCUCGCGACCAAUCUCUUCAAACUUUUCAACACGAUCCCACCACUGGUUCUGCAAUCCGCGUUGGGGGAGAGUCCGAUCAAAAUUGCGGAGGUGUUUCACGUGGUGCGGUUCCUUUUCGAGUACACUUGUAAAGUGCAGUUUGACGACGCCGGCAGCAAAAAAGAACCCCAGCAGAUGAAUCAGAUGGACAUGUUGCUUGGAGGCGGAGGAACAGCGGGGUCCUCUGCAUCAUCCUCGGGCGCAACAUCCAAAGAAGCAGAGUUGCUCUCGGAGUUGGUGCACUUUCUGGGAAAUUUCACGGCAUUGCACCCGGUCAACCAAGAGAUCCUACACAUGUGCUCCGGUCGCGGUUUGAAAGUACUCGAUCACACCGGUGCGGCGGCGGCUGGCGGUGGAGAGAGUUUAGGGACCAGUCCGACGAUAGUUGCGAGCGUUCAGAGUGGUAAGGACCACAACCUGCAGCAGGGUCCAAUAAAGGGAACAGUUACUGCUACCGCAGCCGCUACUGCCUCGGCAUCGUUGUUCGAAUUUGGACCACCGCCAGCAGCUGCGACGGCCGGGUCAACGACAGCAUCUACCGUGACGCCUGCAGCAGCGCCGCUUUUCGCAGUCGAGAGCACCUUCUCCGACAUCCAGAACGAACCGACGCUACUGGGAAAACUCGCCCGGCUCCCGUUCGGGGUGUUCCUGCUUGAUCCGAAGAAACUACACAUCCUGUUACCGACGCUAAUCCGCUGCACGUUUGACAACCCGCUCGGGCUGCGGAUUCUUGCGACCGCGAUGUCGCCACUGUACCUGUCGAACUACCUGCGGAAAAUGGAAUCUGGAGAGUCGUCCUUCUCGGUAGACGACGUGGCGAAAUUUUCCGCUAAAUUUUCACGGGAGCACUGGGAAAGAGCGCGGGAUCAGUACGCCAAUUACAGCGAAUCGUCCGAAAUAACCUCCUGUUCUGACGGAGCGCCGAACUCGAACCCCGCAAACUGAGCUCUUGCUUUGUAGUGUGAAAAGUAGUUAAUAUGGACGAACGUUUUUUUCUUUACCGGAUGCUGUAGUUGCUAGGUUAAUUAUUUUCCAUUUCGAUAACAUCUGCCUCUGCGGAAAAGAAGAAUUUGCCGCUGCAGGAAUCAACAUGACGCACCAUCUAAAUCUGUUGAAACUGUGUCUGUAUUAGGUCUCUUCUACUCAUCAUGUUCUCGUGACAAGAGCUAAAAAAGCCUUGCACCUGAAAGAAAAGAUGACAAACUUUUCAGCACUUUCUUCUGUUGAGUCAAUACCUUCUUGUUAAAAUAAAGACCGUAGAAGUUACUUUUUCAAGAAUCUUUGAAAAACAAAUAUAAACGAAUGCGAGUGGUCUUCCGACGAGCAGUUCGAGAAAUAUCCCGCCAAUUCUCCAACGGCGAACUGGCAGUUGUCCGCAUGAAGGUGGGC